GUUGUUACGUGAUUAUUUCAAAAUGGGAUAUGUGAGAGGGCGUCGGACUGUGCGGGAGCACUUGAAGCCGACACUGCCAAACUAAAUGUUAUAAACCAGCCAGGCUGUAUCUUUCGUGACGUACUGUAUAGCGGAAGGAACUCAAGAUCACCAGUGAGCCAAAAGUAAAGAUUGAAGCCAAGAGGAAGCCAAUGUCAAAUAUUAGAAGAGUUUCAGACCGUCUCACCGACAAAUUCGCACCUAACGCGCCUUUCUUCUUCUUCUGUUGUGUUUUUCACUACUUACCAAGAACCCCAGAUUUAGAAACACGAAAAUCUCUGCGAGCACUGUGACGUCGGCAGGGGCUUCCACCUCUGAGCGGAUACAUAAACAGACACGGUUCUUCUCAAGCAUUCAAGACGGUGUUUCUGAAGAGGAAUAAGCAUGUGGAUUCUUGCUUUACUAGCAAGUUGCUUGGCCUUGCGGUGCUCUGCACAGUUUGAUACGGAAAACGUGUAUCAGUGUAUUCCACUGGAAGCUCAGGAGGCGCUGUUUAACAAGACGCUGGCGGUGGAGAACGCUGAUGAUAAUGGCAAGCCCCUGUACCAGCUUCUGUAUGAAGACGAAAAUAACCAGGGCAACACUUACGAACGUUUUCGUAAAUACACCUUGUACGUUGUUUCUAACCAUGAGGCGUUUGCCAGCGUACUUAUUCGGACUGAAGUGAUUUCUGGAGAUCCUUCAUGCGAUGCUGGACGUCUCCGGGGAUCUCAUUUGCUACAGGACUUCGAAGACUGUCCCUAUGUAUUGAUAAACAAGGACACCCAAAGUAAAAGCAAAGUUGCUUUUCGAUGGGUGGCCCCGAGAUGUGGUUGCAUUAAGAUAAGCGCUAUUGUUGUUGGCAGUGAGAAGAUAACAUACAGAGAUGGUGCUCUGACCAAAUUCAUCUGCGAAAGAUCUGACGAAAGUCCACAGGGAGAGGUUCCCGACGUAUUUCCAGAAGAAUUAGAAGUGGAAGUUCCAGAGGAUUUAACAAGCGACCUACCCUUCAAUCCUGUGGAUCCGUUGGAACCUUCUAAUGACCCAUAUGUACUGUCAUUUAAUGAAACCGAAGACCCAUUUGAGCCCACUGAAGUCCCACCAGAAGAACCAUUUGAGCCCACUGAAGACCCAUCAGAAGAACCACUAGAACCAACCGGUUAUCCACUUGAAGAGCCAUUUAACCCCACUGAAAACCCACUACCUGAACCCACCGAUGAUCCAUAUGAUGAACCAUUUGAACCCACAGAAGAUACAUUUGAAGAACCAGUAGGACCCACUCAAUACCCAGGUGCAUUUUCUGAAGAGGGUUACGCCGAUUGGCUUUACAAGAUGCUGGAAAGACACAGGAGACAAAGACAUGACGACAGAUGGGCUUAUCACGGUCGUCGCCCGCAUCAUCGAGGAUGGGAGAUGCAACAUUAUCACGGCUGGGGCCCAAUGCAUCACCGCCGUCAUCCCUCUUUUGGGCAUCCUGUUUAUCGGCCUUGGUUACCUGCCCCUCCGGUUGGCAAUGCCCAUCGUCCCCGUGGCAAACACAUGGGCUUAAACCCAUUCGACAUAGGUGACGAAGACGACAAACCUUUUCCUGAUGUGGAUCCUCACUACCAGAGAGAAAACCGAGAACCGAACGAUCUUUCUGAUCCUCUUUUUGAUGAGGAAGUGGUGGAUACCUUUACGCAUCCCAGUCACCAACGUAAAGGAAAUCUGAUGACGAAGUGCUGCAAUGCUGGAUUCACAUUUGCAAAGAAACUACCCCGUGGGUCAACGUUUCGGGCGUGUCUGUCAGGGGGUAAACAUUUCGUGCGAGCAGUAAAGAGGCAGAAGCUGCUAUGCCUGCAUAAAUUUGGUGCUUGCUGUAUGCGCGGGGACAAAAGAAUAUCUACAGAUGAGGACACUGAUGUAAUACAUGAAGAUGCAACCUUUACUGACGUAGACAAGAGGGUUGAGAUAGACACUACUCAUGGCCGCUUUGAGAAUGUCCAGGAAAAGUACCCGGAUUUGGAUAACGACGACCAGGAGACAGAAUAUAACCAGGAUGAGGAUGACGACAAUGAGGAAGAAGAGGAGGACGACAUAGACGAAGAUGACGAACAAGAUAUGUUACCUGAACAGGGCCGUAAAGAUGACCUUCUGAAGAAGUGCUGCAAAGACGGAUUUAUAUCUGGCAAAAGACCAGGCCGUGGACCAGUGGUCAGGGCUUGCGUGUCAGAGGGCCACAGAUUUGUGCGAGAAUGGAAGAAGCCGUGGCAGAGAUUGUGCUUCAGAAAAUUCAAAACUUGUUGCUUGAUCGCCGCCAGAAAAAGAUCUCAUCAUCCCCGGAGACGACCUCAUCAUCGCAGAAGACCAGGCCCAAGACCACACCCGCGGCCACACCCUCGCCCACGUCCCACUCGAGAACCGCGUCCAACUCGUGUGCCUCGGCCGACAGAUAGACCUCACCACCGCAACUACACCCACCGACCACACCACCGUAACCAUACUACUCCUUUUCCAAUGGAAACCACAGAUACCGGCCGUUCUCAAUAUCGUCAUCACACCACUCCGGUCCUCCUCCCCACAACUUUCCCCGCCCCGACAACAGAGCCCUCUGUCGGUAAAACUGUGGAAGAUUUCGCCCCCAUAGCCGACGAACAAGGUGAUCCUGAGUACAAUAUAAGGAAGGAUGAUCAAGAACCAAAGAAAUUAUCCAACAAGUUGCGUCGUAAACUGAGGAGAAAGCUAAGAAAAUUGAGGAAGAUGCACUAAAAGGACAUAAACAAGAAAAACGGAAAGCAAUCCGAUUAAAAUGAAAUGACUUUGAAAAGUUUUAAAAUCCAACAGUUUCCGUUUUCGUGAUGAUUGUAGAAGUACAAUGAUUGACUGACGAACCCGCACGAUUCAUGCAACUUUUCCUCUUAAUGGCUACAAUAAAGACAUGCAGAACGUUA